AAACAACCGAGUGGAGCUUCGUUCAAACCGGCUACGAAAUCAACACCUUUACUUUCAUCUAAAGGGAUCGUCCGCAUUUUUUUUUCUGCCUGAAAAAAAGUCUCACACACAGGUGUCAGGAUGGAGGGGAGCCCGGUGGAGAUUUACAAAGACGGCAGUAAUAAGUGUGUGUCCGCGCCCCCGGAGGACUGUCAGAUUAACGCAUCCUCAGCCUGGCUGUCGGGAUUCUCCGAGAGCCGGAAUGUGAGCCAUGACAGCGGCUGGGAGUCCGAGGGCAUGUCCCCCAUCAUCCCCAUCAUCACUGCGGUGCACUCCGUGGUGUUUGUGGUGGGAUUACUGGGCAACUGCCUGGUCAUGUAUGUCAUCAUCAGGUACACCAAGAUGAAAACCGCCACCAACAUUUACAUUUUCAACCUGGCGCUGGCCGACGCCCUGGUCACCACCACCAUGCCCUUCCAGAGCACCGACUACCUGCUCAACACCUGGCCCUUUGGCGAGGUGGUGUGUAAGGUCUUCAUCUCCAUCGACUACUACAACAUGUUCACCAGCAUCUUCACACUCACCAUGAUGAGCGUGGACCGAUACGUGGCCGUCUGUCACCCGGUCAAAGCCCUGGACUUUCGCACUCCCGUCAAGGCCAAGAUGAUCAACGUGUGCAUCUGGAUCCUGUCGUCGGCCGCCGGGAUUCCCGCCUUCGUCCUGGGGGGAACGCAGACAAACACUAGAAUAACAGAGUGUGCCUUACAGUUCCCGGAGCCGUACGUUUACUGGGACACCCUGAUGAAGGUCUGCGUCUUCGUCUUCGCCUUCGUGGUGCCCGUGCUCAUCAUCACCGUCUGCUACUCCCUGAUGGUGCUGAGGCUGAAGCGCGUCCGGAUUCUGUCCGGCUCCCGGGAGAAGGACCGCAACCUGCGUCGCAUCACCCGGCUGGUGGUGGUGGUGGUGGCCGUGUUCGUGGUCUGCUGGACGCCCAUCCACAUCUUCAUCCUCAUCAAGGCGCUCGCCAGCGUGCCCGAGACCACCGCCAUCACGGCGGCCUACUUCUUCUGCGUGGCUCUGGGCUACACCAACAGCAGCCUGAACCCCGUCCUCUACGCCUUCCUGGACGAGAACUUCAAGCGUUGCUUCAAGGACUUCUGUCUGUCGGCCAGAAUGAAAGGAGAGAAGGUUUCAGUGGGGAAGAAGGCUUCCAGCAGUGUGAGGGAGGCCGCGGUUCCACUGGAGAACCCGGGCAGGACCAGUAAACCCACCUGACUAGCAGUGGAACUGUCUUCAAUCUCCCACAUUGGAAAAGAAGACUCUCACGACCUGGGCUUGACCCACGUCACCUCAGCCAUGUAG